CAUUUUUCGGAUUUACAUGAAGUGCCAUUUUCAUUAGAAAGAUUUGGGUUUCCUUCCAUGUGUUUUGAACUGAUAUGAAAGAGGAAAUCCUGAGUGAUUCCUGUUCUCCCCCUGCACUUUUUCAAAAGGAAGAGAGGAGGUUUAUGUUUGUUGCCUGAACACAUCAAGAUCAUCGCGGCCAGUUCAGAUAGUACAGUGUCCACAUGAGCCUCUGCAGGUUCUGUCCAUAUUCCAGGCUUAGCAGGGUGUGCAUGCAUCGUAACAUCAACAGCUGAUGACGUACUCCAAAAAAAUGUUCUGCUAUGGAUAUGGCUUUUUCCUCUUAAUGGCUUACGCUGGAUUGAUAGCGGCACAAUCACUGGUGAAAUCCAAGCGCUGCGAUGUAAGAAAGUUGCUAAAAGUGGAUACAGAUUGCAUGUCAUGUGCUGCAGCAGCCAAAUAUGUCUGCCCCAGAGGAUCAUCAAAAAUAACAUCUGGAACAGGGAAAGCUGGAUGCAGAUACACCGUGGAUAUGGGAGGAGUUGUCCUAUCAAUGCAGGGCUGCAGUCACACUUGUCAAUCCUUCAUUAUAGAACCUGUAUGCUGCAAAGGAUUCUGGGGUUCUACUUGCUCAGAAUGUCCUGGAGGAUCUGCUCUGCCUUGCAAUGGUCAUGGUGUCUGCAUGGAAGGACUGAAUGGCAAUGGGACUUGCAUAUGCAAUGAAGGAUUCACUGGUUUUGACUGCAAUGAAUGUGCGGAUCCAUUUCUAUAUGGCGCAAAAUGUAACUCUGCUUGCCAAUGUAAACACGGGAUUUGUAAAAAUGGAAUUACUGGAGAUGGAAGCUGUAUCUGUGAAGCGGGUUACAUGGGUUCAACAUGUGAGCUAGAAUCCUUAUCCUGCAAUGCACUGAAAUGUGGAGCAAAAACACGCUGUGUACCGUCAAAUGGAGGCCUUAAAUGUGAAUGUAUGCCAGGCUACAGCAAACAAGACGGUGUCUGCAAACUACGGACUUCUAUCUACAUUGAGUUUAGCUACACUUUAAUUUAUGUUUAUUUGUUUUUUUUACUUUUGGUGUAUAUUGUAUAUUUUGACACAUGUUUUAAUUUUACAGCCCAUGACCCCUGUAAGCCCUCACCCUGCAGUAAAUUUGCAAAAUGCGAUGUACAGGGGCCACGCCAGUACACAUGUACAUGUAAAUCUGACUACUAUGGGGACGGAAAGAUAUGCUUGCCCUUUAAUCCAUGUACAGUUGACAAUGGAGGAUGCUUAGAGAAUACUACUAAAUGUGUAUAUCGAAGUCCAGGAAAAUCUUAUUGCAGUUGUCUCCCGGGAUUGAUAAAUCGAGGUGUGCCUUCUCAAUGCACUAUGCCUAACCUAUGUAACGCAUUCACUUGUGGAAAGAGUGCACACUGUGAAGUAGUGCCUCCUGGAACAUUCAAAUGUGUUUGCAUAGAAGGAGAAGUCGGGGAUGGCAGAAAUUGCUAUGGUAGCCUUUUGUUUUCGAUUCAGACGCUUAAUAUUGAGAAUAUGGAAAUGAGGAAACAACCUGGGGCAUUAAGGGCAUUUGAGGAAGGGUGUGCACUGACGCUACGGAAAUUUGGUCCUUUUACAGUAUUUCUUCCUCUUAUGAAAGCAAGUAAAUUCAAUGAGACCACAGCUAAACUAUUUUGCAAAGCUCACAUUGUUGCUGGCCAGUACAUGAAUAAUGAUUUGAAGAAAAUUGGUAAACUGUGGACUAUAGGUGGGGAUGUCUUGGAAUUUUCCACAAAGGAGUUCACUACAUCCUCCAAGCCUAGUGAAACUUACAGAAUUACAAGAUCAGACCUACCAGCAGCCAAUGGCAUUAUUCAUAUUAUCAACAAAUUCAUUACAUAUGACGACACAGAAGUUUUUGAAAAACAAAAGAUGACCAUUGGUGACAUACUUGCCACAGAUGACAGAUUCAGCCGAUUUGAAACUUUGUUGGAGAACUGUGAUCUUCCACCAAUAUUAAAUGGACAUGGCUCCUUCACUGUGUUUGUCCCAAGUAAUAAGGCUGUGGAUUCUUUAAGAGAUGGAAGAUUGAUAUAUCUUUUGACUCGGGCUAAACACAAACUGUUGGAAUUGGUUAAGUAUCACAUCUCUUCUGUAGCCUCUGUCACGUUGGAUAGAUUGAUUAUAAUGCCAAAUAUUAUGACUACCUCAAAUGAGAUUAUAAAGAUAAAUGUGACUCGGGAGGGGAGAAUUCUAUUUGGAGACCCAGGAAUCCCUCUCAGCCAUAGCGACAUAAUUGCUUCUAAUGGUGUCAUCCAUGUUCUUGAUGGCAUUUUAUUACCCUCUGACUUUUUGCCAAUUCUGCCAGCUAAAUGCAAUGAGACGCUGGAAGAAGUAAUGCAGGGCUCCUGCUCUAGCUGCGAUUCCAUUGCUUCAUGUCCAGAGGGUACCAGAGACUUGGGUAUAAUUAACAAGGAAUGCAGCUUUACUUAUAAUGGUACUAGUAGAAUUGGGUGUUCCAGAAACUGCAGUCGCACAGUUGUUGUGUAUGGAUGUUGCCAGGGUUUCCAUGGUCCAGACUGCAAACCAUGUCCUGCGGGAUUCUCUAACCCAUGCUAUGGACGGGGUCAUUGCAGUGACGGCAUUCGUGGGAGCGGGAAGUGUAUAUGCUUUGAGAAAUAUAAAGGAAUUGCUUGCCAUAUUUGUUCUGAUCCCAAUAAGCAUGGAGAUGAAUGUGAAGAAGACUGCAGGUGCAUGCACGGAACAUGUGAUAACCGCCCAGGAAGUAGAGGGGUGUGCCAGAGUGGAAGAUGCAAAGAUGGUUAUGUGGGAGAAUUCUGCGACCAGCAUUCAGAGCCAUGCAGAUCAUUAAAUGCAACACAAUUUUGCCAUUUAGAUGCAGUCUGUGUAUCUACUGAUGAUAACACCACCAGCUGUCAGUGUAAGAAUGGCUAUGAAGGAGAUGGAACUUUCUGUCAACCCUUGGAUGAAUGCAAGAAGCAAGAACGAGGUGGAUGUUCAGAAAAUGCCGUUUGCCUCAGUUACUCUACAGGGUACUUGUGUCAAUGUAAUGAUGGCUGGAGUGGUGAUGGGAUAGAAUGUGUACCUAUUGACAACUGUGCCCUGGAGGCUAGAGGAGGCUGCCAUGUUAAUGCCAACUGCCUCUUUACCCAGCCUGGCAAGAAUGACUGCAUUUGCAAAAAAGGCUAUGCUGGUGAUGGGUACUCCUGCGACCCAGUUAACAUAUGUUUAGAAGACAAUGGUGGCUGUCAUGAAAUGGCAACGUGUAAGCCAACCUCAGGAGGUGAGAGGACAUGUGCAUGCCCUGAAGGAUUUGCAGGGAAUGGCCUAGAUUGUUAUGGAGACAUAUUAUUGGAGCUGCGCAGAAUCCCCGAAGUGUCCAUUUUCAGGCAAUGGUUGACGGAUUUCAAGUUCAGGAUUCCCAGCGGAAGUAAUGUAACUGCACUAAUUCCAUCUGAUACAGCAAUAAGGGCUCUAAGUCAGGCGAACAGAAUAUUUUGGAUGGAUUCUUACUUGAUGCCUUUUCUAAUCAGAGCUCACUUUCUUCAGGAAGCUUACAUAUCGGAUCAGCUAAAACAGCAUGCAAACCAGGAGCUUGCUACCUUGGAUCCCAGAACCAAAUGGGAGAUAAGAAUUAUUGACAGGAAUCUAACGAUUAAUAACGCAAGUGUUAUCACCCAAGAUAUUCCAGCCUCAAAUGGAUUUAUUUUCAUUGUUGGACAGGUUUUAAUACCGCCAUUAGGAAAUAUACCUCCAAGGAAACCAGGACUGUUAAAAAAAUUUGAGCAAGUUCCAGCAUGGGAAGGAUUUAAACUAGAGAUCCAGAAAUCAGGUCUUGUUCAGGAAAUUGAAGCAUCGCAGCACUAUACGAUUUUUGUCCCUGAUAAUUCUGCUAUAAAAAGGUUUUACAAUCAAUCUGGAUCUGGUAACUUGGAAAACAGCACGAUAAAAUAUCACAUCAUUCUGGGUGAGAAGCUGUUGCCUACAGACUUACUGAAUGGGAUGCAUAAAUCCAGCAUGCUUGGAUUUUCUUACUGGCUGAUGUUUUUCAAAAGGUACAACCAGACAUUUGUUCAUGAUGUUCCGUUGGAUGGUAGCUUUUAUGAAACAAAUAAUGGGAUGCUUAUGGGAAUAUCUGAAGUUUUAAAAGCCUUGAAGAACCGCUGUGAUAUAUCUGAAAAAAUUGUGAAAAAGACGAAAUGCGGUGCCUGUGUCAGAGGCAUUCAGUGUCCAGAGGGAUCAGAACUUGAGAAACCUCUGGGUUCAGGAAUAUGUGUCUACAAAAGGAGGAACAAUGAGGUGGUGGGCUGCAGAUUUAAUUGUAUUUUCACAAAAGUUACUCCACAGUGCUGUAUGGGAUAUUAUGGACAUCAGUGUCUCUUGUGUCCAGGAGGACUAAAUAAUUCCUGCUCUAAUAAUGGAAAGUGCCAGGAUAUGAUCACGGGCACUGGAGAAUGUAUCUGUAAAGAAGGUUUUCAUGGAACUGCAUGUGAAACCUGUGAAGCUGGAAGAUAUGGGGCUGACUGCAAAUCAGAAUGUGAUUGCGUUCAUGGAAAGUGUAAUGAUGGACUCCAUGGGGAUGGAUCGUGCCAGUGUGAUAAAGGCUGGACUGGUUCCAUCUGUGGCAUAGACAUUAAAAAUGAUUUAUGCAAUGGCACCUGCAGCUUCAAUGCCAAUUGUAUUCCAGGACCUACAAACACCACAGGAAAAUGCUCUUGCCUUGCUGGAUAUACAGGAAAUGGCACACAUUGUACAGAGAUGGAUGCUUGUUCUGCUAACAAUGGUGGAUGUUCAGUGUAUGCAAAUUGCACUAAGGCUCCAUUAGGACAAGUACGCUGCACUUGCAUUGAUGGCUACAGUGGAGAUGGAGUUAUCUGUCUGGAGAUUGAUGCAUGUGUGGAAGAUAAUGGUGGUUGUCAUCCAAAAGCAGAAUGUACAAAAACCGGACCUAACAAAGUUGCUUGCAACUGUCUUCCAGGGUAUGAAGGAAAUGGAACACAGAUCUGUGAAGAAAUCAACAUCUGCAAGAAGGACAAUGGAGGCUGCAGCCCAUAUGCAAGAUGUUUAAAUCUAGGACCAGCAAUACAUACUUGCGUCUGUAGAAUAGGAUUUAUUGGGGAUGGAAAAAAUUGCACUGGAGAUAUUGAUCAGACACUACGGUACCAUGAAGAAGCAUUCAGAUUUUCUCAGUUAUUUAUGAGGAACUUCAUUAAAGAUUUAUCUGGAAAUGGGCCAUUUACAGUAUUCGUCCCAUCAGAGGAGGCCAUUCAAAACAGCAGCACGAUUGCAGAAUGGACCCAGAAUCAGCUAAUGAAACAAUUACUGCGCUACCACCUGGUGGGCUGCCAACAGUACAACCUUGAUGAGCUAAAGGACCUGUCCUCAGUUACCUCAAUUUCUGGUGGUAUUAUAAGAUUUUCCAUUAAGAAUGAUGAAGUAUAUUUGAAUGACUUUGCUAAAAUAAUAAAGAGUGAUUUAGCAAGUAAUGGUGUUAUCCACUUCAUUGACAAAGUGUUGGUACCUGAAAUUCCUACAAACACAAGUUCAUCUUCGUUAAAUGUAAGCCAGGCUGCCAUACUUCACGGUUAUUCCACAUUUGCCCAACUACUUAAGGAAUCCAACCUGCUUUCUGUGAUUGAUGAUAAAAUUCACCAACCUUUCACAAUGCUGUGGCCUACAGAUAAUGCCUUCAACAAUCUGUCGGCAGAGAGAAAGAGAUGGUUGUACCAUGAAUACCACAAAGACAAACUUGUGGCUUAUCUGAAAGUUCACAUUAUUAGAGACACAAAGAUUGCUGCAGCAAGCUUACCCGAAGCCAAAUCACUUAGGACACUGCAUGGCUCCACAGUUUCCUUUCAAUGCAGUGCAACCAGUAUUGGGGAUAUUUUGUUAAAUGAAAACAAUGCUAGGAUUAUUCAGCGGGACCUGGAAUUCACUGAGGGGAUCGCCCAUGGGAUUGACCAGUUGCUUGAGCCUCCUAAUAUUGGAGCGCGGUGCGACGAGUAUGCUGUGGAAAAAGCUGCGAGCCAACGUGACGCUUGUUCAUGGUGUGGCAUGGAGCGAUCUUGCCCUUCUGGAACAGUUGAUCGGGGAGAAACAGAAAUAUGUAUCCGUUUUUCAAGAAAUAGGUUUAACGAUGACAUUUUCUCAUUUGGAAGACCUAGUUGGAGAUAUGAAAGACGCAGGCCCCCCACCACAGGCUGCAGAAGAAAAUGCUAUAAUGUUUCCUGGAAACCACGUUGCUGUAAAAAUCACUAUGGAGGAGAUUGCCAUGUGUGCCCUGGAGGCCUGGAAGCUCCGUGUAGUAAUCAUGGAACAUGUGUAGAUGGAAUGGCAGGAUCGGGUCGGUGUAUCUGCACAGAGGGGUUUAAUGGGGCAGCUUGUGAGCUAUGUGCCCCUAACAGAUAUGGCCCAGACUGUAAAGAGUGCACCUGUACACAAAAUGGACAAUGUAGCGAUGGAAUUUCUGGCGAUGGAGCGUGUUUUUGUGCUGAAGGAUGGACUGGCCAGAACUGUGACAUUAAACUUGUGAUUGAGCCCACUUGCUCACCAGACUGUGACGGUAAUGCCACAUGCAGAACUGACAAUGAAUGUGUAUGUAACCCUCACUAUGAGGGAGAUGGAAGAACAUGCAAUGUUAUUGACCAAUGCCAGAUGUACAAUGGCGGGUGUAGUCUCAAUGCUCAGUGCUCUAUGGUUGGGACAAAAGUUUUAUGUACAUGUCUUCUUGGACAUGAAGGAGAUGGUAAUGUGUGCACCCCAAUCAAUCCUUGUGCGAAUGGGGAAAACGGAGGCUGUAGUGAACAUGCAACAUGUAUUUACACUGGUCCGAAUACACGGAGAUGUGAAUGUCAUGAUGGUUAUGUGGGCAACGGCGUCCAGUGCCUUGAAAAAUACACUCCACCUAUUAACCGAUGCCUGCAAGAAAAUGGAGACUGUGACCCACUGGCAAUCUGCACCGAUCUCCACUAUGAAGAGAAAACGGCCGGAGUUUUUCAUUUGCAGUCUCCUAAAGGCAAAUAUCAAUUCACAUAUGAAGAUGCAGUCAGUGCAUGCAAUUCAGAGGGGGCAAGCAUUGCCACUUUCCAGCAGCUGUCUGCUGCCCAGCAGUUGGGCUAUCACCGCUGCAUGGUUGGAUGGCUGUUAAAUAGAACCGCAGGGUAUCCCACAGUGUAUCCCAGUUUAAGCUGUGGUUCAAAUCAUGUUGGAAUUGUAGACUACAAACAGCGAACAAACCUCAGCGAGACGUGGGAUGUCUACUGUUAUCGUUCCAAAGAUGCAGAAUGUGAUUGUCCUGAUGGAUAUGUUGGUGAUGGCAGCUUCUGCAAUGGAAACCUGCUGGAAGUUUUAGAGGCAUAUUCUAAAACAUCCACAUUCUUUUCAAUGAUUCUUGAUUAUAGUAAUUCAAGUUCUCAAGGUGCUGAAUUUUUCGAUAUGCUGGUAAAUAGGACUUCCUACAGAACAUUAUUUGUUCCAGAAGAUGGCAGCUUUGACAACAAUGUAACAAUAACAUGGCGGGAUUUAGAACAUCACAUCUCUAAACUGGACAUUUUACUCCCAUACUCAAAUCUGACAAACGGUACCACAUUGCUUUCUAACACAGGAUACAAUCUUUCCAUCUCCGAGUUCCUCGGUAAUUGCUCUCAACCUCCAUGUCCUAAGGUUGUAAAUGGCCAAAUGAUUAUCCAGUGGGAUAUCCCUGCCUUUAAUGGAAUCAUACAUAUUAUUCGUGGACCGUUAAUUGCACCAAUUUUACAGGAGAUUGCAGACAGCCAGAUAUCACAUCCUGUAACUGCAGGGUUGGUGACGGCAAUAGUAAUUGCACUGAUUGCUGCUGCUGCUGUUGGUUACCUCUACUACCGAAAACAGAAUGACGGUUUUCAAUUCCGACAUUUCAAGGGGGAAGAUGAUGAUGAUGAUGAUGAUCUAGAUAUGCAAGACGUUGUGAAUCCUCCGCUAGUAAACUUUCCAAAUCCAGUUUAUGGAGCCAACAGUUUCUUUGACCAGUUUGAGGAUCCGUCUAAUGAUGGGGAUGAGGCUUUUGACUUCUCCAAAAUUCUUCGCUAGCCUGGAACAACAUGCCGAAAAUGGUUUACAAAUUAUUGGGGCAUUAGAUGGCUGGACCAUGUCUAGGACCUUUAAGAAGGAAGACCUAUGAAUGAUCACCAAGAAAUAUUCAUGCACAUUUAUAUUUGUAAAUUUAGAUUAUGUAUAUUUAUAAAAAUCUGUUGAAGUUUAAGCCACAGAAACCAACCGAAUGAAUCACAACCUGGAUUUAUAUACUUAUUUGGGAUCCUGACAGUUCAAAUUCUGAGGUCCUGGCUAUGUCUGCCUAACAUUACCAAUGGACUUGCGCUCCCCACUGGAUUCUCAAAUUAUUCCUCAUUUUACAGUAGAAAUAAUACAACAGGAGGAUUUGGAGCCCUCACUUGACAUAAAAAAGACAAUGAGCAGUGAAUCCUGGGGGAGAGAAGUCAAGGCACCACGCCAAUGCGAUCCUCUGGAGACAAAGUGGAUGAUUCAGCCUGUCAGCAUCCACCUAAAACUAAAUCAUUUGGUAUGUUAACUCUUUCCAGAACAUCAUAAACUACAAUAUCAAAAGCAGGGUUGCCAAAUUGCAGUCAUUUAUUACAUGCACAUUAUGUACGCAGAAUCUGAUUUAAUAUGGUGAUUUCCAAACAUUUUAUAUCCCCUGGGCAUUAAUGAGCUAUUUCUUACAUGAGAUUUGGCAACCCAGGUCAAAUCCAACUUCCACAAUUUCCAAUAAAAUCUCUGGAAACUACUAUAUCAUAAAUGUGCUGCUUUUCUUUCAUUUUUGGAGACGAGUUUCAGGAAUCAUGUUUACAGGAAUUGGAAUAAAGCAGAAUGGUAAACUC